AUGUCUUAUGCCACCGAAUUCCUUGGUAGAUUCAGGGAUCCUGAACAAAUGGGGUUUGGCACCACCACAGAGCGAAUGAUCUUCCCAAAUAAGUCGCGGCCAAUCAACAACGGAACAACGGUGGCAAAGGUCGCCUUGACGACGCCUUUCCUUAGCCUUGAUAGAGGAGAGCUGGGUAUUCAUACUGAACUCGGUUCCAUGUCCGAGGCUGAACGGGGAAUGUCUCUUGAGCAAUGGAGUGUGGUUGGGUCAACUUUUGGAGCGAUGCACGGCGCAGAACUGGCCAGUGUGUUGAGCCAGAUACAAGAGCCGCACGAGAUUCGUGACGAUAGCCCAUAG